GUUGGAUGUCACCGAUCCUCGGCGGCUCGGCGGCGGGCGCUGUCAGAGAGCAGGUCUGACGGUGAUGGUGGAGCGCCAGAUGAAGCGAAGAAAGCAGCUGCUCUCGGUCUGAGCAGUUGGCGGCAAACGCACACGACGGACAAGGAGGUGAAAGUGCCGGUGAUCCUGUUUGGGAUCAGCGACUUGCUGCUUCCGGGUCGUACAAAGCGGAUGCACCUCUUCGAACCUCGUUGGGCGAGAAUGAUCGAUGCAGUCAGGAAAGACUUCUGUGGGAUCUUCUGUAUGUUGUAUGUGGACGACUCCCAAAUUGUUCCGGUCGCCUCCCUCGUUGAAAUUGUUGCCUGCGACGACCUGGGAACGCACGGGCGGAAAGUGCAGGUUCGUUGUGUCGGCCGCUGCAGCUUGCGUGGUCUCACUGAGCAGGUGACUUCGCCGAACCACUGGGGGUUGGCCCUGGUGGAGGAGCUCCCAGAGGCAGUGCUGCCUCAGGACCUCCUGGACGUCGACGCGGAUGCAGGCGAUGGCGGGCGCACCGCCGCCGUCGUCGCAGGGCGCCUCUCCGAAGUGAUGGCGAACAUGAAUCUUGGGCCUGAACCCGAGAAGGAGGCUGACGGGGAAGCAGAAGACUCGAAGUCUGAGGAGGGACCUGUGAUGUGGACGCACGAGCGGGAGGAGGUGGCCGAGAGCCUCGGCCAGCUGACGGCCGAUGCCUGGCAGCAGCGCCUCGAGGACGUCACGCGAACGCUGCAAGGGGUCCCGGUCUGCACGACGCCCCAAUCCGCGGAGGCGGCCGUGUGCCCAUCCCUGGCGGUGGCUUAUGCAGCGCUGAGCUUCCUUUCACUGGAAAGGAGGAUCGACUUCUUCAGGAACGAGGACUGGGACCUGACGAAGCGCUUGGAGGUGCUGGAGAAGCAGAUUGUCGAGGUUCAGGGCAUGGCCCGAGCACGAAAAGCUCUUGCUGGGGUCUUCACAGACAAGUCCGGCUAG